ACCGGAAGUUGUGUUUUCCAUUAACAUUAGCUCGACUCGAGCCCACGGAACACAGCUCUGAACGCAGCAGAGCGAAAGAGAGAGUAGCAGUGAGUGUGUCUGCGGCACCGUGUGGCUGUUGGAAAAAAAAGAAAGAAAGAAAAGAAAAAAAAAAAGACACACACACAAACUACGGCUGAAGAGGAAAGGACCGAACCACGGCGCAGUUCCAGACGACUUUGGACUAUGCUAAAACCCCACACUCGGGCUGCUAACGGUGCGCCUGCUUUAACGACACGCGCGUCUCUCUCUCCUUUUUUUGCACAUCUGUAGAUCAUAAUGAAGGCAUUUCUUCACCGUGGCUCUUUCUCCGAGGUUUAGUCAAGACGCGGGGGUGACACUAUAGGAACGUGUCGUUUUUCAGACCUGUCUCUCACAAGGAAAACACUCGCCGAGGGGACGCACCCMUGUACGGUUUAAGACGGAUUCCUCCCCGGAGAACACCGAAGUCGUUUGAGAAGAAGGAUAAAGACACGUCCUGAUCAUCCCGAGAGUUUCAACAGCUCUGCAAAAGGGAGGGAGGGAAAACGCGGCGUUGUCCUUCCUUCGUCUUGCACCCCGCCAACCAUCAGCUUUGUUUUUUUUUAUGUCAUUCUUCUUUCAUGCUUUUGUCUUUCUGAAGCUUCAUCGCCGAGCCUUUCUCUGGGCAUUUUUAUCCCCUCCCUCCCCUCUAUCCCCCCGUUAAAGGAUGCCGGAUCAAAUAUCGGUGUCCGAGUUUCUCUCGGAGACGACAGAGGAUUACAAUUCCCCGACCACGUCCAGCUUCACCACCCGCAUGCAGAGCUGCAGGAACACCGUGAACGUGCUGGAGGAGGCACUGGACCAGGAUCGAACGUCUCUGCAGAAAGUGAAGAAAUCAGUGAAGGCAAUCUAUAGUUCAGGUCAAGAUCAUGUUCAGAACGAAGAAAACUACGCCCAGGCUUUGGAUAAAUUUGGAAGCAACUUCAUCAGCCGGGAUAACCCUGAUCUGGGAACAGCCUUUGUGAAGUUCUCCUCCCUCACCAAGGAGCUGUCCGCUCUUUUGAAGAACCUGCUCCAGAGCCUCAGCCACAAUGUGAUCUUCACCCUGGACUCGCUGCUAAAGGGAGAUCUGAAAGGCGUGAAAGGGGACAUAAAGAAGCCUUUUGACAAAGCGUGGAAGGACUACGAGGCCAAGUUUACAAAGAUAGAGAAGGAGAAGCGAGAGCACGCCAAGCAGCAUGGGAUGAUCCGUACUGAAAUCACCGGGGCUGAGAUCGCAGAGGAGAUGGAGAAGGAACGACGCUUGUUUCAACUCCAGAUGUGCGAGUACCUGAUCAAAGUAAAUGAGAUCAAGACCAAGAAAGGAGUGGACCUCCUGCAGAACCUGAUUAAGUAUUACCARGCACAGUGCAAUUUCUUCCAAGAUGGCUUGAAGACAGCAGAUAAGCUGAAGCAGUACAUCGAGAAGCUGGCAGCUGACCUCUACAAUAUUAAACAAACUCAGGACGAGGAGAAAAAGCAGCUGACUGCUUUGCGAGACUUGAUCAAGUCCUCCCUCCAGCUGGACCAGAAGGAGUCUAGAAGAGACUCACAAAGUAAGCAGGGUGGCUACAGCAUGCACCAGCUGCAGGGAAACAAAGAGUUUGGAAGUGAGAAGAAAGGGUACCUGCUGAAGAAGAGUGACGGGCUGAGGAAGGUGUGGCAGAGGAGACAGUGCUCAGUGAAGGGAGGCAUCCUCACCAUCUCUCAUGCCACAUCUAAUCGGCAGCCGGUGAAACUCAACCUGCUCACCUGCCAGGUGAAGCCGAGUGCCGAGGACAGAAAGUGCUUUGAUCUUAUUUCUCAUAACCGGACAUAUCACUUCCAAGCUGAAGACGAACAAGAGUUUGUUGCAUGGAUCUCGGUACUGACCAACAGCAAGGAGGAGGCCUUAAACAUGGCGUUCCGUGGCGAGCCGAGCAGCGGAGGGGAGGACGGGUUAGAGGACUUGACUAAAGCCAUCAUAGAAGACGUGCUGCACAUGCCGGGCAAUGAAGUCUGCUGCGACUGCGGCGCUCCAGAGCCUAAGUGGUUGUCCACCAACRUGGGGAUUCUCACCUGCAUCGAAUGCUCCGGCAUCCAUCGAGAAAUGGGGGUCCACAUUUCUCGCAUCCAGUCCAUGGAGCUUGACAAGUUAGGAACCUCAGAACUCUUGCUGGCCAAGAAUGUAGGGAACAGUAGUUUUAAUGAAAUCAUGGAGGCGAACCUUCCCUCUCCUUCACCAAAGCCCACCCCCUCGAGUGAUAUGACGGUGAGGAAAGAGUUCAUCAACGCUAAGUACGUGGACCACAAGUAUGCGAAGAAGACCUGCACGUCGGCCGCUGCUAAGAUGAUCGAGCUGUUCGAGGCGGUCCAGUCCCGGGACCUGCUGGCUCUCGUUCAGGUCUACGCUGAGGGGGUGGAGCUUAUGGAGCCGCUCCCUGAGACUGGACCG